UGAGCCAGCCUGCAUUAGCUCAGCUUUCAGGCACUCUCAGUCUCUGCUGGAAAGAGGAGCUGGGAGGAUGAGCGCUCUGUUACCGCGGCUCCCCACAGCACGCUGAAAAGACCGAGAGAAAGGAAGAAAGGAAAACCGAGAGGCGAAGAGUCCUCCCAGACCAAGCUAAGGGACCACGAGAGAGAAGGGAGUCUGCUUAUCUGUCCGUCUGUAGUCCCCUCGCCGUUUUGGAAGUGCCAGGGAUUUGGGCCUUUUAAUUUUAUUCUGCGUUGUUCUCCUCCACAGACGAAGCUUUCUUCCUCCUUCUGGUUUUUACUUUCCUCCCCCGCUCCUUCCUUUUGGUGGAUAUGGACAGAAGGGAGUUUACUGCAGAGAAGCAGCAGCCGCCAGAACAUAUUUGAGCCCCUGGUGCUCGGAGCGUGGCAUAGACUUUUUGUAUUUUUGUGGGUGGCGUGUGUGUGUGCGUGUCUGUGUCUGUCUGUCUGUGUGUCGGAGGUGUGGGAGGCGGGAUUGGUUUGCCCGGGGGCUUGGUUGAGGGGGGUGAGUGCUCGGAUGAAGACCUCUUUUGGCGUGACUCUUUGCUCCACCGGGGCAUCUUUGGAGACUUGGAGGUUUUGAAAGUGUAACGAAGCAAGAGAAAAAGAAGAAGGAGAGAAAUACAUACGAAAAAGGAUUUAUUUCCUUUUCAUUAGUGGAUUGUUAAACCUGAGUGGGAAGGAGAAAAAACGAGGGUGGGUUGUUUUAUUUUUUUUAUAAUUCUUUUUUCUUAAAAAAAAUCUUUGAGUGGAUUUUUUUACCAGGGUGGAAAAUAAUUGAGGGGUUUGUUGUUUGUUCUGGGAAUAGAAACUAAAAAAUGGAGACUGUAAGUAGAAGCAGCUUCCAGCCUCAUCCAGGACUGCAGAAGACCUUGGAACAGUUUCAUCUGAGCUCUAUGAGCUCCCUGGGUGGCCCUGCUGCUUUCUCAGCACGAUGGGCACAGGAGAUGUACAAGAAAGACAAUGGCAAAGACCCAGCAGAACCUGUAUUGCAUCUGCCUCCUAUCCAGCCCCCUCCAGUAAUGCCUGGUCCCUUCUUCAUGCCCUCGGACAGAUCCACAGAGAGGUGCGAGACCAUCCUGGAAGGGGAAACCAUCUCUUGCUUUGUGGUGGGCGGAGAAAAGCGGCUUUGCUUGCCCCAGAUCCUGAACUCGGUGCUCAGGGACUUCUCCCUGCAGCAGAUCAAUUCGGUGUGUGAUGAACUACAUAUUUACUGCUCCAGAUGCACCGCUGACCAGCUGGAGAUCCUCAAAGUCAUGGGCAUCCUGCCCUUCUCUGCUCCCUCCUGCGGGCUCAUUACCAAAACUGAUGCUGAGAGGCUUUGUAAUGCCCUGCUUUACGGUGGCACCUAUCCUCCCCACUGCAAGAAGGAGUUUUCCAGCACGAUUGAGCUGGAGCUCACGGAGAAGAGCUUCAAGGUGUAUCACGAGUGCUUUGGGAAGUGUAAGGGUCUCUUGGUACCAGAGCUUUACAGUAACCCGAGUGCAGCCUGCAUUCAGUGCUUGGACUGCAGGCUUAUGUACCCACCUCACAAAUUUGUGGUCCACUCUCACAAAUCCCUGGAAAACAGGACUUGCCACUGGGGCUUUGACUCAGCAAACUGGAGGUCCUAUAUCCUCCUCAGCCAGGAUUACACUGGGAAAGAGGAGAAAACUAGGCUGGGCCAGCUCUUAGAUGAAAUGAAAGAAAAAUUUGACUAUAACAACAAAUACAAGAGAAAAGCCCCCAGGGUCCCUUCAGAUCCUCCUGCUUCCAAAAAGCCCAAAAUAGAUGACUCUGCUUCCCAAUCUCCAGCUUCUACUGAGAAGGAAAAACAGUCCAGCUGGUUACGGUCCUUAUCCAGUUCAUCUAAUAAGAGUAUUGGCUGUGUCCAUCCCCGUCAGCGUCUCUCAGCUUUCCGGCCCUGGUCUCCUGCUGUAUCAGCAAAUGAGAAAGAGCUCUCAACACAUCUUCCUGCAUUGAUCCGAGACAGUUUUUAUUCCUACAAAAGCUUUGAGAAUGCUGUGGCCCCCAAUGUGGCUCUUGCACCUCCUGCCCAACAAAAAAUUGUAAGCAACUCCCCCUGUGCCACAGUAGUAUCACGGAGUAGUGAGCCAAUGAGCAGCACUGUCCAGCCACGGAAAAGAAAACUUGCUGCAGAGAACCCAGCCAUCCCAGAAGCAGUGGCCACUGUGACUGCCACUGAAGAAGAUAAGGAAUCAGAAGCAGAAAUUGAAGUAGAAACCAGGGAGGAAUUCACCUCCUCCUUAUCCUCGCUCUCCUCCCCAUCCUUUACUUCAUCCAGCUCUGCAAAGGACAUGAGCUCACCUGGGAUGCAAGCCCCAGCCACACUCAGCACUUCAUAUGAGGUUGCAACACAUUCUGACUCUCACAGCAGUGGUUUGGAAGCUGAGCUGGAGCACCUAAGACAGGCACUGGACAGUGGCCUAGAUACAAAAGAAGCCAAAGAAAAAUUCCUCCAUGAAGUUGUUAAAAUGAGAGUGAAGCAGGAAGAGAAGCUAAAUGCUGCUUUGCAAGCCAAACGCAGUCUACAUCAGGAGCUAGAGUUCCUAAGAGUGGCUAAGAAGGAAAAACUGAGAGAAGCAACAGAGGCAAAACGCAACUUGAGGAAAGAGAUUGAGCGUCUGAGAGCUGAGAAUGAGAAGAAAAUGAAGGAAGCCAAUGAGUCUCGGAUACGACUAAAGAGGGAACUGGAACAAGCCAGGCAGAUCCGGGUUUGUGACAAGGGAUGUGAAGCAGGCAGGCUUCGGGCCAAAUACUCAGCCCAGAUUGAGGACCUACAGGUUAAGCUUCAGCAUGCAGAGGCUGACAGGGAGCAGCUCCGAGCUGACCUGAUGCAUGAGAGGGAGGCUCGAGAACACUUGGAAAAAGUAGUCAAGGAACUUCAGGAACAACUGUGGCCUAAAUCAAGCAAUCAAUCCAGCAGUGAAAACACAAUGAACAACCUUGAGAACUAAAUAAACACCACACCAUCUAAUACACAUACAGAAUGCUGUAUAUGCACAGUAAGGGAGGAUGUGUGGGGGUACGUGUGUAAGUGCAUGUGUGAGUAGUUGUGUCUUAGCACACAUCCAUGAGUAUGGACUUUUACAUAGUUGGAAGGCAAAUGUUACUCUUCAUAACAGAAGCACUGAAUUACAUCUCUUUUUUUUUUUUUUAAUCCAUACAGCACAACAUCUUACUGUGCCUAUAAAACACAAAGUGUUUAUAAACAAAAUACUUUUAAGUCCACAGCAAAUUUUCUACUGGUAUACUCCAAGCAAGCAGCAUCGUCCAGCUAAAAUCAGAGUAAAAGGCAAGUGUGGCAAUGUUUUUAUGUUGCCCUUCUGCCUGUUGGAACAUUUUGGAAUUUAAAAACAAACAAACUUUUGUUAUAAGCUAUUUAAAAUAAUUCAUUAUACAGACUUGGUAUUAAAACAAUUAACAAGAUUUUUUUUAUAAUGAACCUUUAAAAGCAAAACAGAAAUCUUCGAUGCACAAUUUUUAGUGACUUGUUAUAGGCUUUGGGAUUCUUAAUGCAGAAGCCCUCUGGUGAUGAUGCCAUUUCAUAGCAGUUUUCCAGCCAUUUAGGAAGCCAUCACAGUUUUAACCCUGUCACAUGGUUGUAUGAGAUUUUCAGAGUGCUCUUCAAAGUUGAUUUUUUUUUCUUAGAAACAAUUAUCUUCAUUUCCUGUGCUGAAGAAAGGAAGAUGCAGGGAAGAGGAUUGUAAGGGGGGAGGGGGAGAAGAUGUAUGCUUGAGAAUUAUAAACCCAGCCUUACGGACUUCAGUGUUUGUAAAUCAUGCCAUAUUCUCUAAAGACAUCUUCAUUAACUGGUGUGUUCAAAAGACUCACUUCAUCCAAGAGCACUUCAGCUUUGGGAAAAGAAACAAGGACAUAAAGGAAGGAAAUGGAUGAUCUGUUAAGUUGGUUGAGAAAUAAAGCAGAAGGCACAUGCAUUUUUCAAGUCAUUCUGAAAUCUUUACUUCAGCUUUCAGUUUUCUGGAAAACUCAUCCUUGUUGCACCAUCUUACCAUAAAUUCAGUAUUUACCUUAUUCCGAACUGUCUGUCAGGAUUACUGUGCCCAAGGAGAGUGCAACAUCACAUUAUCGAAUACUACAGAAAAGAAAAACAACACUUUUGCUGCUGUGAAUAAGCCUUCUUUUGUUUUGUUUUGUUUUUUUAAAAAAAGUUACUUUAAUUUUGGGAUCCAAGCCGCAGCCCCGGAAUGAAAAUGCAGCAUGUCAUCACUUUGUGUUAUUACUGUUGUUGUUAUUGUUGUUAAUAUUAUUUUUUUAAAAAGAACUGCACUUUGUCAGAAACUUUCUUUGCAUUUUAUUCCAUAGUUUUAAAGUUUACAAGAUGAGCAUUCUAGAUUCUACCCUGCUUAAUAGAUGUGAAAAAUCAUCAACCCAGUUUUCCAUCAUGUGACACUGUGUCAUCAUUUACAUUUAUGCAAAGUGAGUAUUCAGCAGGUAUAGAAUGCUACCAAAUAACAAUUAUCCAGAGUAGUGCACUACUGGUUCUAUUUUAAACCUGUUUUUUUUGCAUGGCUGUGUCUCUAACACAACAUGGGAGGCAGCAGUGAGGGGGCUCCCAGAAGUGCUUAUCAAAUACAGUUGGUGCUUUACUGAACAUGAGAAAAGUCCCAUCCCCCCCCCCCUCCGCCCCAAACACUCACCUCUUAUACACUCAAGCUUAUGAGCAUAAGAUGAAAAUUUGACCUGGGGCUGCAGAUGUGCCUUCCAGCUCAUUUUUCCUCUCAGCAUGUUAUAUAGGAAAUGCUGAUGUUUUUUUACCUUAAAAAUAAAAAAAAAAAAAAAAAAAGGAAGAAAAAAAAAAAGAUAACCCUAUGCAUCAUCAUACACAGAAGUUAUUGUAAACAAAGAACCAUAUUUCCAGCAAUCUUUAUUUGCUUUUGGACAUUAAUCCCAGUAGAUGGAAAGUGGCUGCCAAUCCUAAAAUUAUAGUCUUUACUUACAGUAUGUUAGAGAGACUUUUUUGAACAAGAGCUGUUUGCUUGAAAUCAUUAUAAUAACCAUUAUAACUGUGAGCAUUAACAAGAAGUAAAGUUCAUAUAUAUGUUUUAGGUACAAAAAGAAGAAAUAUGAAAGGCAUUGAAUUACUGGGACAAUGUAGAACUCUGGGGAGCAAGAAACAGUUAUACCAAGUAAAUUACAUGAAACUGUCCGUUUAUACAGGGCUUUGCCCUUGUGUGUUUGGGAUGCUGGAGACUGAGUCUAGGUGCAGAUCUCCUCUUCUAAAGUGCAAUGCAAAAGGAAUAUUGAUCAUGCUUAUGCAGUUUUUUAUGUGGAUUUUUUUUUUUUUUGCAUCUUUGUAUGGGUUUUUUUUCUGCAAUUAUUAAGUCAUAUGCAUGGAAUUAAAAUCUCUGCCACACUUAUAUAUUCACUAAGGGGCAUUAUUAUUGUCUUAUGUAAAGGGUUUAAUUUUGUUAUGCAGUAUGCAUAAAAGUGUUCUCAGCCUUAUGAUUUCCAGAUCUAUAUUAUUCAGCUAUUUCUUCAAGGGAAACUAAAUAAUUUUAGCUAUAGUUGAGCUUUUUUAUUUCAAAGAUCUGUCAUAUGCUGUGCUUUAUUGCCAUGUUAAGAAAUUACACAUAGAACAAAUCUGUUUUUUCCUCCCACCAUUGGCUUUUUUGAAGUCUUAAUUUUUAAAUUUUGAUCUUUUUCCUGACUUCUGAUUGUGUCUCUCCUGUUAUGACUCAACAAAAAAAAUCGCAGCAUGUCUGUCCGAAUUUGUUUUUGUUUUGUUUUUACCGGAAAAGUGGCCCACUUACCUGUAGCAUGUCACACAGUUUUUCUUUCUUGCGUUCCUGGGCAAACACACUGAUUCACUGGCAUAAUUUCUUCUGUGCAUAUGAUGUUUUUAUCCUCCAGAAUGAAUGAAUUCUGUAAUUUUUCAAAGGAAAAAAAAAGGAUAGUAAAUAAUCUCAUCAAUAAGUGUGCAACAACCAGCAUCACCUCUGUUUCACAGAGAUUUGCAAGGAAGAAUUCUCCAUAAUGAAGCUACAAACUAUUAUGCUACAAAAAUGCUGUUUCUUCUUUUGCUGUGUAUUAUGAUAAUUCUAUUAAGUGUAAUAUUUGACUACUGAACUUCAUAAUACUUGACGUUAAGAGUCUUUAGUAUUUGAUCUUAGGGAAUGAAAACAUCCUAAUAAAAACAUUUCUAGAAAUUACAGUUUAAAAUCAGUACGAUUAAAUAAGGUGCAAGAAGACUGGGAACAAACCUUCUACACCAGCAGUUAAAUGACAAGAGGGGUUUACAGAAUAGGAUUCCAUCUUAAAUCAUUUUGUGUCUUUUCAAAAUACAUUUUAACAGUAAAAUCUUAAUAUUUCUGGAGAGCAUGUAACUUAUUUCUAAUUCAGAAUUCCUGUGCAUGUAAUUUAUUUACAAAUUACGCUGUCUGAAAAAAAACGUGGAGACACGAAAUCUAGAAAAUGUCUGUCAAAAUGGUGGGAAUCUUCAGAGGAAAAAUUUCUCUGAUGGUGCUUGAGGUGAGUGAGUUCUGUGUGUAAUUUCUGCUGGCAACACUUCAGUAAAACAAGUGUUAGCCCUUUCAGAUGGGAUUGCUCUUCUUUUGACUUACUGUUGGGUCCCUGCUGCAUUCCAUUUGCACUCCAACUGGUGAGUGUAGGAAUUGUAAAGUCACACCUUCUCAUUUUAUCUAUUCUUUAGUUUCCUUUAGGAAGUUAAAAGGGAGAAGAGGUGUUUCAUACAGGCUGUUGACUCUCCCUGUACAUAAAAAUAUAUUACUUAAUACUUGUAUAUUCAGUUUAAUUACUCAUUGUUUCUAUUUCUGAAAGAAGACUUAACGAAGGGAAAAAAUACCAACAGCAAUAACAUUCAUAUCUAUGGAGCAGCUAACUAGUAUACAUAAUAUUCUGCUUUUCAAACAGAACUAGCCAAUGUAAAAAAAAAGUUAAAAUUAAAUUCAACAUGUAAAUACUUCUUUUCAUUUUACACUGUUGUAUUAUAAGUGUAUAUGGUGUUUACUUUUUCAGAACUCUUUCUUACCUGGUAGUUGUCUUGUUUUGAGAGUUGUGUUUUUAACUAAGAACCUUUGCUGUCUGUUAGGAAAAACAACAACAAAAAUCUUUUUGCAAGUUUUAAAUGUGGGUUAACCUUUCUCCAUCAUUUGCAUUUUAUUCGUCCUUAUUUUCACUGUAAAAAGUACUUUAUUAUCAAAAGGUUGGUUUUUUUUUUUCCUCCUCCAUUCUGCCUUCCCAUCAGUCCCUGUGUUUUAGAGGGAAGUUGUUUUUUUUUUUCUUAAAUCACAGAAAUGACAUUUUUUCAACUGAGGAAAAAUAAAUCUUUACAUUUAUAAUAGCCAAUAGCAUUUCAGCACAUUUUUGUUAUCCUGGUCUCUCCUAUGCUGCUGCUAAUGACAAUAUUAUGACUUACUCUACUAUUCUAGAACUAUUUUUAUGUAAGUAAUGUAUGCUUUCUUGUUUAUAAAUGCCUGAUUUAAAAAAAAAAAAAAAAGAAAAAAGCUUGGCAUAUUUAUCUAUUUCGCUGUGUACCCUGAUAGUCCUUUUACACCCCCUUUUCCACAUCCCCUCCCCUUGAAGCAGAUAAUAUUGUAAAAUAAAGGACUUUAUGAGAUUA